AUGUCAGUUCCUCCGCAAGCAUUUGUAAACAAAAAUAAGAAACAUUUCCUUGGUAUUCCGGCGCCUCUUGGUUAUGUGGCUGGUGUUGGUAGAGGGGCUACAGGUUUUACUACCAGAUCAGAUAUUGGUCCCGCCAGAGACGCCAAUGACGUAUCUGAUGAUCGUCACGCACCUCCCGCCGCCAAGCGAAAAAAAACUGAAGAGGAAGAUGAUGAUGAAGACUUGAAUGACUCAAAUUAUGACGAAUUUUCUGGUUAUAGUGGUUCCCUCUUUUCAAAGGAUCCAUAUGACAAAGACGAUGCUGAGGCAGAUGCUAUAUAUGAGUCAAUUGAUAAACGGAUGGAUGAAAAAAGGAAAGAGUAUAGAGAGAAGAGACUUAAAGAAGAUUUGGAGAGAUAUCGUCAGGAAAGACCCAAAAUACAACAACAGUUUUCGGAUCUCAAACGUGAACUGAAAAUGGUUUCCGAAGAUGAAUGGGCUGCUAUACCGGAAGUCGGUGACGCCAGAAACAGGAAGCAAAGGAAUCCAAGAGCUGAGAAAUUUACUCCUUUACCAGAUAGUGUGUUAUCGAGGAAUCUCGGUGGAGAGUCUAGUUCAACAAUUGAUCCUAGCUCGGGCUUAGCUUCAAUGAUGCCGGGAGUUAUGACACCUGGAAUGCUGACACCUUCAGGUGAUCUCGAUCUACGUAAGAUAGGUCAAGCGAGGAACACUUUGAUGACGGUGAAAUUGUCACAAGUUUCUGACUCAGUGAGUGGUCAGACAGUGGUUGACCCUAAGGGCUACCUCACUGACUUACAGUCUAUGAUACCUACUUAUGGCGGUGAUAUAAAUGAUAUCAAAAAGGCCAGGCUGCUUCUCAAGUCAGUGAGAGAAACAAAUCCUAACCACCCACCCGCUUGGAUUGCUAGUGCUAGAUUAGAAGAAGUUACUGGUAAAAUCCAGUCAGCCCGCAACCUCAUAAUGAAGGGUUGCGAGGUCAACCCCAGUAGUGAAGAGCUGUGGUUAGAAGCAGCUCGUCUACAACCACCGGACACAGCUCGAGCGGUUAUAGCUCACGCCGCCCGCAACCUGCCUCACAGUGUACGAGUGUGGGUGAAAGCGGCUGAAUUGGAACAAGAACCAAAGGCUAAACGUCGUGUUUACAGGAAGGCGUUGGAACAUAUACCAAAUUCAGUCCGUUUGUGGAAAGCAGCCGUUGAAUUGGAAAACCCUGAAGAUGCUAGGAUCCUGCUCUCAAGAGCUGUAGAAUGUUGUCCGACCAGUGUAGAACUAUGGCUGGCUCUGGCUAGACUGGAAACAUACGAAAAUGCAAGAAAAGUACUAAAUAAAGCACGUGAAAAUAUACCCACUGAUAGACAGAUCUGGGUAACAGCUGCUAAGCUUGAAGAAGCACAAGGCAACACUCAUAUGGUAGAAAAGAUUAUAGACCGUGCCAUAACGUCGCUUAGCGCUAAUGGUGUCGAAAUAAACAGAGAGCAUUGGUUCAAAGAGGCGAUGGAGGCUGAGAAAUCUGGAGCAGUUCAUACUUGUCAGGCAAUAAUUCGUUCUGUGAUCGGUCACGGCAUUGAACCAGAGGAUCAAAAACACACUUGGAUGGAAGAUGCUGAUGCUUGCGCCAACGAAGGUGCGUAUGAGUGCGCCCGUGCGGUGUACGGGUAUGCGUUAUCAGUUUUUCCCUCCAAGAAGUCAAUUUGGUUAAGAGCCGCCUACCUCGAGAAACAACAUGGUACGAGGGCGACGUUAGAAGCUCUGUUACAGAGGGCAGUAGCUCACUGUCCUAAGAGCGAAGUCCUAUGGCUCAUGGGGGCGAAGUCCAAGUGGCUAGCGGGUGAUGUGAGAGCAGCAAGACAGAUCCUGUCGUUAGCUUUUCAAGCUAAUCCUAAUUCAGAAGAAAUCUGGUUGGCCGCUGUCAAAUUGGAAAGUGAAAAUAAGGAAUAUGAUCGAGCCAGGAGAUUGUUGGAGAAAGCUAGAGCAUCAGCACCCACACCUAGAGUCAUGAUAAAAUCAGCAAAACUAGAAUGGGCUUUAAACAAGUUAGACGUAGCUUUGAACUUGCUGUCUGAAGCUAUCACUAUAUUUGGUGAUUACGCGAAACUACACAUGAUGAAAGGACAGAUAGAAGAACAGAUGGGGAGAGAUAGUGACGCUCAUAACACAUACACACAAGGGUUGAAGAAAUGCGCUACAAGUGUCCCUAUGUGGAUAUUACUGUCGAGACUAGAAGAAAAACUCAAACAUAUAACUAAAGCCAGAUCUGUGUUGGAGAAGGCGCGACUCAGGAAUCAAAAGAAUGCUGAGUUAUGGUUGGAGAGUGUUCGUUUGGAGCAGCGGGCUGGUUGUGUCGAGGCGGCCGGGUCGUUGUUGGCGAAGGCGCUCCAGGAGUGUCCCACGGCCGGCAGACUGUGGGCACUGGCUGUGUUCAUGGAGCCGCGCCCGCAGAGGAAGACUAAGAGUGUGGAUGCUCUGAAGAAGUGUGAACACGACGCCCACGUCCUACUAGCGGUGUCGCAGUUGUUCUGGACAGAGAGGAAACUAAAUAAAUGUAGAGAAUGGUUCAACAGAACUGUGAAAAUCGACCCAGAUCUCGGUGAUGCAUGGGCUUACUUCUACAAAUUCGAAUUGCUGCACGGCAACGAACAGCAACAAGAAGACGUUAAAAACAGGUGCAAAGCAGCCGAGCCGCACCACGGAGAGAACUGGUGCAAAGUUUCCAAGGAUAUAGCCAACUGGUGUUACAACACGGAACAGAUAUUACUACUGGUGGCUAAGAACCUACCCGUGCCCACAUAG